UGUUUAGGGGGAGGGAAUAGUGUCCUUAUUGGGGGUAGGUUUGGAGAAGGGCCACUGUCAUGUCCUCUUCAAGCCCUCACAGCAGCCCUCAGUGUUGGCGUGUUGCCAUUCUCAUUGCAGGGAUGGGGAAGUGGAGGGGUUUGUUUUCUAAAACCGCAAAUUUACCCAUUUCACAGCGCCCUGGUGAGGCUGGGAGGAACUUGGGCACACAGACAGUAAUGGAAGGACCGGGGGUCCUACCCUUCCACACGACCCCCAGGCGCCCAUGCGGAGAUGGUGUGGGAGAAGGAGUGCAGGCCCUGGAGGCAGGCAUAGGGUCAUCAUGCGAGCAAUUCUGACCUGCAGAUCACUGGAGACUGAGCACACCCAGGCAGCUUGAGCUUCUGGGCUAUUUCCCUGAAGCCAGGCUUCCUGAUUGCAUCUUCUUUGAGUGGCACUGACAUUCUUGGUUUCCACUCAGCUAUGGGGGCUCCGAUGUUACUUCUGGGAAGGAAAUGAGUGACAGCUAUGAAGGCACUCUUGGAGGUGGGAAGCUCGAAGUCAAGUCGUCCAAGAAGCACCACCGAAAGUCCACCCGUACUCGCUCCCGUCAGGAGAAAGCCAGCCGGCCCAGGCUGACCAUCCUGAACGUGAGUGGCACAGGCGUGGCUGCACGGACGGGUGGGUGCUGCCCUCAUAGAAUGUUGACCCGCUGGGUGUCCCCUAGGUGUGUAACACGGGGGACAAGAUGGUGGAGUGCCAGCUGGAAACACACAACCACAAGAUGGUGACUUUCAAGUUUGACCUGGAUGGGGAUGCGCCGGACGAGAUCGCCACAUACAUGGUGGAGCACGACUUCAUCCUGCAGACUGAGAAGGAGACGUUCAUUGAGCAGAUGAAGGACGUCAUAGACAAGGCCGAGGACAUGCUCAGUGAGGACACAGAUGGGGACCGCGGCUCAGACCCUGGCACGAGCCCUCCAUACCACAGUGCCUACGGCCUGGACACAGGAGAAGAAAGUCGACACUCCCCAGUCAAUGCCCCAGUCUAUCAGCAGAAUGUCCUGCAUACUGGAAAGAGGUGGUUUAUCAUUUGUCCAGUACCUGAAAACCCAGUGACAGAGGUGCCUGAGUCUUCACCCCCACCCCCUGUCAGCUCCCUGCGGCUGGAUGCAAGCCAAGGUAUGAGCCACCAGACAGCAUCAGAAUUCUCCUCCCGGCUGACCUGUGUGUAAUCUGCAUCACUCCCUGGUCCUCAGCUGUGCUCACAGCACAUGUUGUGUUAGCACACGCAUGUGCCAGGUGC